AUGCACCUUUGCGGGGGAGGUGGGCUGCUGCCCUGGACAGAACCCAAGGAGCAUCAGAGGCAGCUGAAGAAGAAACAGAAGAACCGUGUGGCCGCACAGCGUAGCCGACAGAAACACACAGACAAGGCGGACGCCCUGCACCAGCAACACGAGUCCCUGGAGAAACGCAGCCAGGCCCUGCGGAAGGAGAUUUGGGCCCUGCAGGCCGAGCUGGCAUGGUGGAGGCGGGCCCUGCAAGUGCAUGAGCGCCUGUGCCAUGUGGACUGUGCCUCCAGCUCUCCUGGGUGCUGGGACCAGGCCCAGCAGCCCCCCGGCCCCGCCCUGCAUGGACAACAAGCUGCCUCUCCCCCUGGCCACCUCCUGUCCCCUCUGACCUCGCUGUCCUUUGACCCCGCUGGGGUUACCGCAUCUCCUGCCCAACCGCCCCCCAGCCCUGUCCUGUCUGCUUCACCCACUGGCUCCGGCCUGCUGGGGUCUUCCUCUCAGCCCAGCACCCUCCUGCCCAGCCCCAAAGCCCACCCCGACCCCCCACAGCCCCUUGGGCUGGAGUACAUCAGUGGGGGGAACCUGGGGUCUUCUCCCCACCUCCCUUCCUCUGCCCCAGGGCCUGCAUGUCUGCAGAGCAGGGAACACAAGCCUGCCCCUUCGGCAGUGGGUUGGCAAGGGCUGGGUGUGGACCCUGGCCCCCACGCCCUCCUGGUCUUCCCUCUGCUCUCCUCUGCUCAAAUCCACUUCUAA